UCAAAAACUCUUCAUCAGAAAACAGUGGAUGUUUUUGUUCUCCAGAGAACUGGCUAAGUGAACCUGCUGGCAGGGAGGAAAAAAAACCACCAAAACCAUUGUGGCACCUUAAGGGCCAAAACGUGGCAUUAAUCCAAUCCCUCUUCUACCGCAAUAAUUCAGUUUAAAGUGGUUGCAUUAUGUGGAAGCCAUUCAUUGAAUUUCUUCUAAUCACGGCUGGAGCAGUAUUUUCUUGCACUGCUCAUGUGCUGGAUGAAGAGGCUGCAGGUGGGACAACUCUACAACCCACCUCAUUUCUGCAGAGAGCACCAUUUCCUCCUUCCAGUUCCCAAGCCACGAUUCCUCCAUACCAUCAUUCACAAGCUUUGGCUAAUCAAUCAUUAGGCCAUGGCACAGAACGAGGAAUUCCUCCAGCGCCCACAGCUGAGAUGUUAAAGGCAGAAUCCAUCCCGUUGACAAAAUCACAGGCUGUGGAGAAACCCACAACGGCUGCAAGGACAACCCUUUUGCCCUCUGAGCCACAAACUGAUUGGACCAGAACCCACAAAACAGGAACGGCAACUCAAGAAACAACCUCAACCCUGCCGCUAUCAGCUCGUCGGAAAAAGGAGACUCCUGUUCCGAGCAGAACUAAGGAACACGUAGAUAAGACCGUCUCCGGGACUACUCAGCAGCACACUACGAAGUUGAGGACGCACACAACUCUUGUGCAAACGAGUUUUGCGACACACAAGAGCGUGAGCUCUUCCCCAAUGCCAACAAGUCAAACUGGACCAGCAUUGGCACUUCAACCAUCACCCGCUGUUACGGGCGCUUACAGUGUUUCCAAUGGAACCGCAGAUUGCAUUAAAGCCUUAACUGGCUUGACCAUGAUUCUUAUAAACACAAAAACGGGCGAACUACAAUAUUUUAAUGUUGACCCCAACACUACACACACCACAGGAUAUUGCGGCUAUGGUCAGUCGAUGCUCAACAUCUCGUUUGAAGGUGGCUUCGUACAUUUUAUUUUUACUAAGAAAGAAAAUAUCUAUUAUAUCAGCAUGAUUGAAGCUGCUUUGACGGUUCUCUCCCAAGGUUUGGAGUACAACGGAAUUAAAAAUGACCAGCUCUUUUCCACAGCUGUGGGAAACUCCUUCAAGUGUCUCAGUAAGCAAACGGUGGACUUGGCCAGCAACUUUCAACUGCAGGCUGCCAAUUCCCAGCUUCAGGCCUUUGAUAUCGUAAAUAACCAAUUUGGAAAAGAAGAGGAGUGCACGUUGGAUAGAAACAAGAAGUGGAUCCCAGCCGCAAUCGGCUUCAGUCUGUCGGGAUUAGUUAUCAUCAUCCUGUUCUCCUGUGUGCUUUAUAGAAGGAAACCUGAGUCUGGAUACAGCCGUAUCUGAACCCUGAAAUGAAUUUAUGAAUGGGUGUAGAAGCAACAAAU